UUCAGGCAAAGGUCAACAACUGUGCAUGGCUAUUUUAGGAAAACGUAUGCUUUUUCUUCUGUGUAUGAGAAUAUUGCUUCAAGGGACACUCUUAACUAAGUAUUGUUCGUGGAAUCAUUUCAUGACGCCAACGUGAAGGAGGUCAAGUGAAAUGAAGAGACCGGACGAAUCUACAAUAAUCUCGGCCAUCACAUGUAGGAGGAAUAACAAAUUCCUCGUCACGGUUUUGUGACUACGCUUUAACGCUUGGUGGCAUGGUUUUCUACUUCUCCUGUUUGGAAACUGAAUCCCACCUUUCAACUUUACGUAGAAAAAAUCAUUGAAGAUUGGAUUUCCGCUUUGCUGCAAGAUGCUUGAAAGAAACCAUAUUUGACCUUCAUUACCGCUUGUGACGUUUAAGGUGGGUCUGAAACAAAUAUUAUCUGUCAGGGGAUGGGUCAGUAUGGGCGCUUAUAUUAUUCGUAAAUAAAUUAUUGUACGGGAGUUUUACUUCAACCUUAAAAACAGUAUGUUGCGUUCCUUUUUAUAUUUUAUAAAGGAAUCUGUGCAAAAUGUAUUUCCGCGGGGUAAAUCGUGCAACUCUUUAAAUCUUUGAUCUGAAAUGUAAACAGUGUGAAAUAAUUAAGGAAGUGUAAAGUGUCUGAGUCCCUCUCCCUAAGGAAAAAUUGGGUCCUUUUUACGGAAAUGACAUAACGUCACAGGAUUAAUUAGUAUUUCAGCAUCAAACUAAGUGGUACCAUUAAGUGUUGAAGCACGCUCCCUAUGGUUCAAGACCUGUCGGAUGUUGUAGGGGCAAUACUUUUAUUGUAGGGUUUUAAGAUUUUGGAUCGAAAGAGUUUUUUGGAGAUAAAAAUGCCACUCGCACCUAUGGAGAGUUGUGGACACCGAUUAACGAUCAUUUGUUUCUGUUUCUUCUUGCUUGUCACUGGAUCUGUGGCUGAGAUAUUGCCGUCAAUUCUAUGGAAUUCUGAAAAUCCAUUUUUUAAUAACCUACAUGAAAGGACCAGAAAUGUCAUGGAAUUUGACCAGCUCUCAAUUAUUUGUCCCACCCUGGUGGACUACCCCAUCAAAAGAACAACUACUUAUUUGAAAGACUUGUUGUAUGAAAAUGUAUAUAUGGUGGACAAGAAGGGUUAUGACAACUGUAAUGCAACAGGAGGACUCAGUGUUUUAUCCUGUAAUGAUCCUGUGGGACACAUUUAUUACAGGGUUGUAUUUCAACCUCAUACCGUUAAUCCAAAUGAUCCAAAGUUUGAGAAAGGAAAAGAAUACUACUUUAU